AUGUUCAAGAAAGACCUCCACGGCUCCCCAAAACAAAAACUCAAAUCCUCGAUCCAGCGCUCCAUCCGACAGUCCAUCUUGACAACCUACCCGCUGCUGACGCCGCACAUCGACGAGAUCCUCCCCAAGAAGUCGUCCCUCGAACUGAUUAAGCUGCCCGAGCGCGUCUCGCUCUACGUGAUCGACGGCCGCCCGGUCGUCUACCAGCAGGACAACAACGGCGUGCUGCUGCCGCACCUGCGCCUCGUUCACCGCUUUCCGCACUGCUUCCCAACGGUGCGCAUCGACCGCGGCGCCAUCCGCUUCGUGCUCAGCGGUGCCACCCUCAUGGCGCCCGGGUUGACGAGCAAAGGCGGGCGGCUGCCCAUUCCGGUUGAUCGGGAUGCUCAGGCGGCUGCGGCUGGUGGUGCUUCUGGUGACAGUAAGGAUAAGAAGGAGAAGGAGGAGGCUGCGGUGAAAGAGGAGGGAGGGGAGGACGACGAAGAGGAGGAUGGGGUGAAGGUGCCGAAUGAAGGCGCGGACGAGGACGGGCAUUGGAGCAGGGAGCUGGAGAAGGGAGAGCCGGUUGUGGUCAUGGCUGAGGGCAAGAAGGAGGCUUGCGCUGUGGGGCUAUUGGUCAUGGGGACCAAGGAGAUCAAGGAGAAGGGGAAGGGGCCGGUCAUGGAGGAGGCGCAUUUUCUGGGAGAUGGUCUUUGGCGGCUGAGCGUGGAGUAG